AUGAAGAGCACUGCUAUGUCUACUGUGCAGGUCGUUGCAAUGUGUGCUUCACAAGCAAUUGAGUAUUCUGUCAAUAGCCACUAUGUAAUCAGGUUUAUAAACUGCAUUUUAUGGGCUAUUCAAUGUUGCCUUUCUAUCUUGCAAGGUUUCGCAUUUAUAAGCAGCUGUACUUUUCUCAGGGCACGAAGCCAUACAAAAAGAUGCGCUCAUGAACCAAUUGAUCGUAGCAUAAUAAAUAUCUUUCAGGGAAUGAGUAUUGCGUUUAUCUGCGAUGGAAACCGGAGGUAUAUGAAGAAGCAAGGGCUUGGAGAUCCAUUUGAGAGAGAUGAUGGGCUGGACAAGAUUUAUGAACUCAUUCAAUUUGCAUACACCUAUGAUAUUCGAGAAGUUUCUUUCUUUUGCUUUGCAAUCAAGAACUUCAAGAGAAAGAGCAGUGAAGUAGAUGGAAUCAUGAACAUCAUAAGAGACAAGUUCAAAUCCCCAGAGGAAAAAAACAUACGAAUCAAGGCAAAAAUAAUGGUUUAUGGAAGACUUGAUCUUGUUAAGGAGGACAUAAGAGAUAAGCUUAUUCUCAUACAGAAUGAAACACAGUUUAAUCAAGAUAUACUUGUCAACAUUUUCUUUGCAUAUUCUGCAGAGGACGAAAUCAUUCAGGGUAUCAAAUUCAAUAAUAAUGUUGAUCUUCUCAUCAGAACAGGCAAUGAAAAAAGGCUUAGCGACUUUAUGAUUCGUCAGGUUGCACAGGGUACUUCUGUUUUCUUUGCAAAGCCAUUAUGGCCAGAAAUAUCCUCUACGCAUCUCUUUCUUAUACUUCUGAAACAUAAGCUAGAAGAUAGAUAUUUAUUAUGA